UCCUGUGAGGUGUGUCUGCGGCGCUGCAGCUGCAGACAGACGGCGAGCAGAGCGUCAGGCUGCCGGUGGACCGACCCGACACGACCCAGUCUCCCUGUCCUGAUCCGGAUCAGACGGACCAUGGCGUCCAAAUGUCCCAAAUGCGACAAGACGGUGUAUUUCGCGGAGAAGGUUUCCUCUUUGGGGAAAGACUGGCACAAGUUCUGUCUGAAAUGUGAGCGCUGCAGCAAGACGCUGAAUCCCGGAGGCCAUGCUGAGCAUGAUGGGAAGCCUUACUGCCACAAGCCGUGCUACGCCGCCCUCUUUGGGCCAAAAGGCGUGAACAUCGGCGGAGCUGGCUCCUACGUGUACAACACUCCCGCCAACGAAGCCCCUGCAGCCGUUUCCAUGGAAACAGAUGGGAAACCAGAGGAGGUGAAAAAAGCUCCUGCGCGGGGACCAGUGAAGGCUGCCAGCUUCUCCUCUUUCUCUGGAGGACCCAACAUCUGCCCCAGGUGCAACAAGACGGUGUAUUUCGCUGAGAAGGUGUCGUCUCUCGGGAAGAACUGGCAUCGCCCGUGUCUGCGCUGUGAGAGAUGCAGUAAGACUCUGGCUCCCGGCAGCCACGCAGAGCAUGACGGACAGCCGUACUGCCACAAACCGUGCUACGCUGUGCUCUUCGGACCCAAAGGUGUGAACACCGGGGGCGUCGGCAGCUACAUCUACGACGACCCUGAAGGCGAAGCGCAGCCUUGAGCCGCCGACGCUGCUUCCGCCACCCGGACGAAGCUCCGCCUCCAGGACCCUCAAUGUCUCUUUGAUUUGCCUUCAACCGUCAAGGUGACAAACGAUAUGUACUGCACUCACAGGGACGGAUACGUAGAUGUUUCUGUUGUAUUUGUAUAUUGUUUAUAUACUGUAUCUAUUUUUUGUACUGAAUCAGACCUUUAAUAUUUCCUCCCAUGUGAGUUUCACAUUUGCCUUUCAGUUUCUCCGUUCUCUUUGCCAAACACGUGUUAGCCUCGUUUGUAGUGGAUUAAAGCGUCUGUGUUUUUUCACUCACGGUUGAUAGUUUUUGAACUUUUGUGCACUUGUAUGAAAAAGAAAACCCAGCCCACCAAUGUAUUGUCAGUGUUUUUUGAACAAGUUAGAGUGAAGGAGACGUAGUUUUUACUGAUGGUUAUGAAGGUGAGUUUGGGUUCUGUGGUCAAACGUUUUCUACAGUAAAACUGUGUGAAAUCAAA